CCUCUGGUGCUAGCGGAGCCAUGGCCACUUCCGCGUUGAAAUCUCCGCCCUUGCGCCGGGUAUUCGUGGUGGGAGUUGGCAUGACCAAGUUUGUAAAGCCUGGAACAGAGAAUUCAAGAGACUAUCCUGACUUGGCAAAAGAAGCAGGCCAGAAAGCUCUAGAAGAUGCACGGAUCCCUUAUUCUGCAGUGGAACAGGCAUGUGUUGGCUAUGUUUACGGUGACUCUACCUGUGGGCAGAGAGCUAUCUAUCACAGUUUGGGACUGACCGGAAUUCCUAUAAUCAAUGUCAACAAUAACUGUUCUACUGGGUCUACUGCUUUGUUUGUAGCCCGGCAGCUGAUUCAGGGUGGUAUGGCAGAUUGUGUGUUGGCUCUUGGAUUUGAAAAGAUGGAGAAGGGCUCCCUUGGGACAAAGUUUACAGAUAGGACCAAUCCAAUUGAUAAACAUGUUGAUGUCCUGAUCAAUAAGUAUGGAUUGUCUGCUCAUCCAGUUGCUCUUCAGUUUUUUGGGCAUGCUGGAAAAGAACACAUGGAAAAAUACGGAACAAAACUAGAACACUUUGCAAAAAUUGGAUGGAAAAAUCAUAAACAUUCCAUUAAUAACCCGAAUUCCCAGUUCCAAGAUGAAUACAGCUUGGAUGAAGUGAUGUCAUCUCGAAAAGUUUUUGAUUAUUUGACUGUCUUACAAUGUUGUCCCACUUCAGAUGGUGCUGCAGCAGCAGUUUUGGCUAGUGAGGCAUUUGUACAGAACUACGGCCUGCAACCCAAAGCUGUGGAAAUUGUGGCACAGGAGAUGAUGACUGAUUUGCCAAGCUCGUUUGAAGAAAAGAGCAUGAUUAAAGUGGUUGGCUUUGAUAUGACUAAAGGAGCUGCCAGAAAAUGCUACGAGAAAUCUGGCCUGAGACCAAGUGAUGUUGAUGUAAUAGAACUUCAUGAUUGCUUCUCUCCCAAUGAACUCCUUACUUAUGAAGCACUGGGACUCUGUCCAGAAGGACAAGGUGGAACACUGGUGGAUCAAGGAGAUAAUACUUAUGGAGGAAAGUGGGUCAUAAAUCCUAGUGGUGGACUGAUUUCAAAGGGACAUCCACUGGGAGCUACAGGUCUGGCUCAGUGUGCUGAGCUCUGCUGGCAGCUGCGAGGGGAAGCCGGAAAGAGGCAAGUUCCUGGUGCAAAGGUUGCUCUGCAGCACAAUUUAGGCAUCGGAGGAGCUGUGGUCGUGACACUCUACAAGAUGGGUUUCCCGGAAGCUGCCAGUUCUUUCAGAACUCAUCAAAUUGAGGCUGCUCCAACCAGCUCUGCAGGGGAUGGGUUUAAGGCAAAUCUUGUCUUUAAAGAGAUUGAAAAGAAGCUUGAAGAGGAAGGGGAGCAGUUUGUGAAGAAAAUUGGAGGUAUUUUUGCCUUCAAAGUGAAGGAUGGCCCCGGGGGUAAGGAAGCCACCUGGGUGGUGGAUGUGAAGAACGGCAAAGGAUCCGUGCUUCCUAACUCAGAUCAGAAAGCCGACUGCACAAUCACGAUGGCUGACUCGGACUUGCUGGCUUUGAUGACCGGUAAAAUGAACCCUCAGUCGGCCUUCUUUCAAGGCAAACUGAAAAUCGCUGGCAACAUGGGUCUAGCUAUGAAGUUACAAAAUCUUCAGCUUCAGCCAGGCAAAGCCAAGCUCUGAAGAAAUCCCUUUGGCUACCUUUGAAAACCAAGAUGAGACAUAUAGAUAUAUAUCCUUACGUUUCAUUAUCAGAACUUAGGCUGAAACCGCACACUGGCAAAUAGCAUGAGAUAAAUUUGUUUCUAAAUGAGCGUGACCAAUCCCGUUUUUCCUAAGCUCUUGGUGAACAGAGCCUGAUGGUAUACUACUGCUUUGCUGAAUUGCAUAUAACUGCAUUACAAAGUUAAUAUGGUAAUUAUGGUUUGGGGUAAAAUUGAGUUUCAGAAUAAAAUUAGGAACAGUAAAAUCCGAAAACUAUGUAAACAAAGGCUCUCAUUUUGCUUAUAAAGUAUAUUUAAGGAUUAUUCUGCUGAGGAUUCAAUUUUGGAGUUUCCCUUGGGAGAACUAAAAAAGAAAUAGAAUACUAGUGGCUGGCCAGUAGUAUUGCACCUAACCACCUUGAUCGAUUUCUCAUUACUAUUUCUUAAACUCUGUACUGGGGUGUUUUUUAUAAAAGAAACCAAAACUUUUAUAUUUCAUGCCUCAGAAAUGGUAUUUCCUUCUUGAAUCCAAAAAAAAGAAAUAACGAUCAGAGCUUGGGGAAAAAAAUCUGUAGCUAAACGCAGACCUGUUUUUAAAAUAAAAAUGUUUUUAAAAAUGGGUGUUCUUGAAAAACUAAGUAAAGUUUGCUUUGAGCUGCUUAGUUUUCAGAUUAUAAUCAUAUUAACUAAUUUAUAAAGCGCUCGGUCCUUUGUUAGGAUUUUCCCUUUUCAUGUAAAUUUAAUUAAUUAUCCACAUUUAUCUUCUUAGUUUUUCUAAUGCUAAUGUUAUUAUAACUCAGUGAGAUGUGGGGUUAAUGAUGCUUUUGGAAGAAUGUUUAAUAGAAAAUUAAAACAGCCAUUACUGGUCUU